UAUAGGUAUUAAUAUAAUGUGUAUUUUCAAAAAUCAUUAACAGACUAGUUUCUAUGCACAACUAGCGCACAAUUCAUUGAAGUUAGGUUCUAUGUCCAGCACCAAUAUUCUCUUUCGUCGCAUUAAAGCGAUACACGAUUCUUCCACUCAAAUUAUAAAUGAACUUGGUACUACAGAUGUAGCAAUUGGGGUACAUAUGGAAUAAUACAAUUUAUUCUCUCUCUCUCUCUCUCUCUUUGUGUAUCUCUCUCAUGUAUAAUUACAUUACUUUGUGAAAAUUUAAUUCGAUUAUCUUUAUACAGGAUGCAACUGCAGAAAUUAUGAUAACAACACUUGGGAAAAUACCAAAUGAAAUGUAUUAUUUGGAGGACACUACGCCCAGCAGCAAAACUGCUUAUGACAGCGAGUUACACACGACACUUGAUAACACCACAUUGGCUUCAAUCGAAACUCUCAAAUAUGACGAAUAUACAGAACGCUCGACACUGCUAAUUAUCUUGCUGACUGCGCUCUUAAUCAUACUAUUUAUGUGCUGUAUCACAGCGUGCAUAAUCGCGAGAUCCAGGAGUAGGCACGCUUUCUUCGCAAAAAGCGACAUGGAAUGCGAUCCGGGAUGUAGUGGCGUGAAUCAGCCCUUGCUAGGCUCAGACAGAAUAAACAAGACCUCCGAUACCACUAGAACCAGCGAUAAUUCCACGAGGAAUUGAAGAAAGUCACAUUGUCAAUUUCGAGAUUGUCGCAAAAUAUUUAUAACAUUUAUAUACAGAAGAGGAAUGUCUUAAUAUUAUUAAUACCUUUACAUCCGCCAAAAAUAGAUAAAGAGAUAUUUUCGAGUGAAAAAAGGAGACGGUGAAGAGUUUGCGUUUUUCCCAUUCGAAUAAAUCGGGGAU